UUUGUUAUCUAUUCUGGAUUUUUUUCCCUUUCCCCACCCUUAGUCUCAGUCCCAGUGAACUCUCCGCCUCUGCAUUCGCUGCCGCGAUGGCCUCGCCUCCCUGCUCCCGCCGCCUGCUCCUGGCGCUCCUGCCCCUCCUCCUCCCGCUCCUCGCGGCCGCCAACCUCGUCCUCGAGAACGGCUACACCGUCACCACCGCCGCCGACCUUAACCCGCACCCGGCGGCUCACCCCUACACGCUCCUCCCACGGGCCCGUGCCGGAGACCUCCUCCUCCUCGACUCCGGCGGCUCCGCGCUCUACACCCUCCCUCUCUCCCUCGGCAGCGGGGUCGAGCCGCGCUGGCUGGCGGGGGGCAAGCAGACCGGGUUCAACGACGGUGGGCCCGGCGACGCCGCGUUCGACCACCCUCGCAGCGUUGCCGUCGACGGCGCCGACAAUGUCUACGUCGCCGACCGCCGCCACGGCGCUGUCCGCAAGGUCGCGCCGUCCGGUUUUACGUCUACAAUUGCUGGAGGUCUCUCAUCAGGGAAUGGUCACAGGGAUGGACCUGCACAAAAUGCUACCUUCUCCCCAGAUUUUGAGCUUGUUUAUGUCCCCAAAAUUUGUGCAUUGUUAGUUGCCGACAGAGGAAAUCGAUUGGUUAGACAAAUCAAUCUCAAGCUAGAAGACUGUGUGCAUGAGACGCAGCCAGAUCUGGGAACUACGUCAGUAUCGGUUAUUGCUAUAUUAUGUGCAUUGUUUGGUUCAGUUAUUGGGUUCUUAACUCGUCAUUUUUACCCUGUCCAUGCAGGAAGUCUCCAUCAACCACUUUUUCAGCAGGAUACAGAAGUUCCAGAGAACUCAGAGGAAGGCCACUCUGAUCAGCUUCUGCGACAUAAAAAACGCAGUUGCUAACUCCUUGUUUUACACCCUCCUGCUUAAACUGGUUAAAAUGAGUCUUGGCUAUCUCACUGUCGUGUUCCCUAGUGUACGGUUAGAGCGAGGAGUUCCCUGUAAGCCUUCUUGUCGUCUUGAUUUAGACAAGACUAG